CUGGGGGCCCAGCUGAAAGGCACUCCUCACAUGGCUGUCCAGGGCCCCACUGGCUGCCGCGACUGAUAAGACGGCCCGGAGCCGGUGGAGACUCGCCCGCGGAGGGAAGGCGGGGGCGGGCCGGACCCGCGGGCCGAGCACAGAGGCUGUUCGUCUCGGGAGUCCCCUGUGCUCGCUCCGUGCCUGGGUGACCGCGGGGGAGUCGAUUUGCACGGGGCGGGGCGAGGGCGGCGUCCGCAGGUAGGCCCCCCGGGGGCGGGAGGCUGGCCCGGGACCCCCAGCCCAAAAAGCCGAGGGGGAGGAGCGGCGCGGAGGUGCGCCAGGGCGACCAAGUUCGGCUCCAGCGAGCGCGCGCCGCUCUUCGUGUCCUGCGUCUAGAGAGGAGGGGGGCUGUCCCCUCACCAGCUGCGCUCGGACCCCAACCCUCAGGGCCCCCAAAGACCAGUCACCCCUCUCCUGGACCCGGUGCGUCCGGGCACGCCGGAGCUGCCGUGAGCCCGGCCAUGCUGGAGAGCGACAUCGGCCUCGAGGGGCUGUCUCCCAAGGAAGACCCUGCAGCCCAGGCCGCCGGGGCCGUGGAUGGGGAGGGCGCGCCGCCCGGCGGUCCCGGCGAACAGGCAGCCGCGAUGAGGGUCAACGAGAAGUACUCGACGCUCCCAGCCGAGGACCGCAGCGUCCACAUCAUCAACAUCUGCGCCAUCGAGGACAUCGGCUACCUGCCUUCCGAGGGCACGCUGCUGAACUCGCUGUCCGUGGACCCUGACGCCAAGUGCAAAUAUGGCCUGUACUUUCGGGAUGGCAAACGCAAGGUGGACUACGUGCUUGUGUACCAUUACAAGAGGCCCUCGGGCAGCAGGACUCUGGCCAGGAGGUCCCAGUCCCAGGACUCCGCGCUGAGCGCCCGCAGCGGCAGGCAGGACCAGCCCUUGCCCGGGCUGGGGAGCCCAGAGGGCGUGAGCGAGCCGGAGUCUCCGCAGGACUUCCACGAGGAUGACAAACGUUUCCGGCGGGCCGAAUAUGAAGGGAACCUCCUGGAGGCGGGUCUGGAGCUGGAGCGCGAUGAGGAUACGAAAAUCCACGGGGUUGGAUUUGUGAAGAUCCACGCACCCUGGAACGUGCUGUGCAGAGAGGCGGAGUUUCUGAAGCUGAAGAUGCCGACCAAGAAGCUGUAUCACAUGAACGAGGCCCGGGGCCUCCUGAAAAAGAUCAACUCCGUGCUCCAGAAAAUCACGGCCCCCAUCCAGCCCCGGGUGGCGGAGCACAGACCGCAGACGGUGAAGAGGCUGUCCUACCCCUUCUCCAGGGAGAAGCAGCACCUAUUUGACCUGUCUGACAAGGAUUCCUUUUUCGACAGCAAAACCCGAAGCACAAUAGUCUACGAAAUUCUGAAAAGGACGACUUGCACCAAAGCCAAGUACAGCAUGGGCAUCACCAGCCUGCUGGCCAAUGGCGUUUACUCGGCGGCCUACCCCCUGCACGACGGAGACUAUGAAGGCGAGAACGUGGAGUUCAAUGACAGGAAGCUCCUGUACGAAGAGUGGGCAAGCUAUGGGGUCUUCUACAAGUACCAGCCCAUCGACCUGGUCAGGAAGUAUUUUGGGGAGAAGAUCGGCCUGUACUUCGCCUGGCUGGGCGUGUACACCCAAAUGCUCAUCCCAGCCUCUGUGGUUGGUGUCAUCGUUUUCCUGUACGGAUGUGCCACCGUUGAUGAAAACAUCCCCAGCAGGGAGAUGUGCGACCAGUCCCACAACAUCACCAUGUGCCCGCUGUGCGACAAGACCUGCAGCUACUGGAGGAUGAGCUCGGCCUGCGCCACAGCCCGGGCCAGCCACCUCUUCGACAACCCGGCCACCGUCUUCUUCUCCAUCUUCAUGGCCCUCUGGGCUGCCACCUUCAUGGAGCACUGGAAACGGAAGCAGAUGCGGCUCAACUACCGCUGGGACCUCACAGGCUUCGAGGAGGAGGAGGGCCAUCCCAGAGCUGAGUACGAAGCUCGAGUUUUGCAGAAGUCGCUGAGAAAGGAGUCCAAGGACAAAGAGAAGCGCCGGAAUGCUCCAGAAGAGUCCACAAACAAAUGGAAGCAGAGGGUUAAGACAGCCAUGGCGGGGGUGAAAUUGACCGACAGGGUGAAGCUGACCUGGAGAGAUCGGUUCCCAGCCUACCUCACCAACCUGGUGUCCAUUCUCUUCAUGAUAGCGGUGACCUUCGCCAUCGUCCUUGGCGUCAUCAUCUACAGAAUCUCCACGGCUGCCGCCCUAGCCAUGAACUCCUCCCCGUCCGUGCGGUCCAACAUCCGGGUCACGGUCACAGCCACCGCAGUCAUCAUCAAUCUGGUGGUCAUCAUCCUCCUGGACGAGGUGUACGGCUGCAUAGCCCGCUGGCUCACCAAGAUUGAGGUCCCCAAGACCGAGAAGAGCUUUGAGGAGAGACUGAUCUUCAAGGCCUUCCUGCUGAAGUUCGUCAACUCCUAUACCCCUAUCUUCUACGUGGCUUUCUUCAAAGGCAGGUUCGUGGGACGCCCGGGCGACUACGUCUACAUCUUCCGAUCCUUCCGCAUGGAAGAGUGCGCCCCGGGGGGCUGUCUCAUGGAGCUCUGCAUCCAGCUCAGCAUCAUCAUGCUGGGCAAGCAGCUCAUCCAGAACAACCUGUUCGAGAUCGGCAUCCCGAAGAUGAAGAAGCUCAUCCGCUCACUGAGGCUGAGGCAGCAGAGCCCCUCGGACGAGCACGUGAAGAGGAAGCAGCGGUACGAGGUGGACUUCACGCUGGAGCCGUUCGCCGGCCUCACGCCAGAGUACAUGGAGAUGAUCAUCCAGUUUGGCUUUGUCACCUUGUUCGUGGCGUCCUUCCCCCUGGCCCCGCUGUUCGCGCUGCUGAACAACAUCAUCGAGAUCCGCCUGGACGCCAAAAAGUUCGUCACCGAGCUGCGCAGGCCGGUGGCCGUCAGAGCCAAGGACAUCGGAAUCUGGUACAACAUCCUCAGAGGCAUUGGGAAACUCGCCGUCAUCAUCAACGCAUUUGUGAUCUCCUUCACGUCCGACUUCAUCCCCCGCCUGGUAUACCUGUACAUGUACAGCAAGAACGGGACCAUGCACGGCUUCGUCAGCCACACCCUCUCCUCCUUCAACGUCAGCGACUUCCAGGAGGGCACGGCACCCAACGAUCCCCUGGACCUGGGCUACGAGGUGCACAUUUGCAGGUACAAAGAUUACCGCGAGCCCCCGUGGUCAGAACACAAGUACGACAUCUCCAAGGACUUCUGGGCCGUCCUGGCGGCACGGCUGGCCUUCGUCAUUGUCUUCCAGAACCUGGUCAUGUUCAUGAGCGACUUUGUGGACUGGGUCAUCCCCGACAUCCCCAAGGACAUCAGCCAGCAGACCCACAAGGAGAAGGUGCUGCUGGUGGAGCUGUUCAUGAGGGAGGAGCAGGGCAAGCAGCAGCUGCUGGGCACCUGGAUGGAGAAGGGCCCCGCGGAGGACAAGCCGCUCAGCAACCACAGCCCCAACCCGACCGGCCCGGCGCACCGCGCAGGCGCGCUGUAGCGGUGCUGCGCCUCGACCGACGGACACCUCUUCCGGGCAGGCAGCACGGGCCCCCUCCACCCUCCACGCCCGGUGGCUCCUGGGUUUGCAGCAAACCUUGAAGGCCACCUUCUGAUAGGACAACCUUUUUUAUUUUUAUUGUUUGGUCUUUUCUGUUUUGUCUGUCCCCCUCCCCAUUGUUUUUGCACAAAACCAUAUGCAGGGAAUUUUUAAUCUUUCCUUUUCAAGGUUAAUCAGAAUGAUUGCUGGGGGUGGGGUGGUUACUCUCCUUUGCGGAGGCAGCUCCGGGGAACCGGGUCUCCUCCCAGGACAUCGGCAAGCAGGGCCACCCCUCGAGUGCUCCUGGUGCCCAGUGAAGCCACAGGCAUUCCGAGGUGCCGGGCACACGCUGGUGGGACCUGUGACCGGGAGGGAGGCCGGAGAGGCGGGUGAGGUCAGAGUCAACCGGUCCCUCUGGUCAGAAAGAGGGGAGGCCUGGCCGCCAGAGGGCGUGGGAGCGGCACGUGUGGGGUCCCCACAGUCAGCCACGCCCCUCCCCACCGCCAUGAGCUGACCUCCCCAUUGUUGGGUUUCCUCAAGGGGCAAAGCCAGGCUGCCAAUGAGGGGGUCCCCCGGGGGCCCUUCUAGGGGGGACAAGGGUUUUGAGAAGUCUGGGGUUCCCCCCAGGGGGUACAUUCGCAGCCAUAGGAUAUUUAUUGAGUCGUCUUUUUAAAUCAGUUCUACAGUGGAUUUGAGGGGGUUUUGUUUGUUUUUUUUUCUUUUUCUGUAGCUCAGAGGUGGAAGGAAUUUCUCAUUUUUUAGUUAACCAAAUAUCAUGGAGAGGACUUUAAAAUCCUGUUACUACCAAAGAUUUUUAUUAAUAAAGGCUUCUAUUUUGGUAACUCUUCUCUAUAUUUUUACUUACAGGAAUGUUACUGUUGGACAAUUAUGAUUUUAAAAGCUUGUGCGAACAGGUCUCGCGGGUGAGAUGGGUGAUUGAAAACCUCAGCCGUUAGGCGAACCUGAAAUACCGCUGGGAAGCGGCUCGGGCGCGCAGGGAGGCUUAGAAGCACCCGCUUCGGCGCGGGCGGGAGGAGGCAGACGGCCAUGGCCCCGAACGUGCUGUUGCCGGCCUGAUGCUGACACGCCCCCGAGCUGCCGCCCCGGUGGAGUCCGCAAGCCAGUUCCGGGGUCUGCCGCAGUCUGCGACCCGAUGCCUCUGUUCUCUCGUGCAGGAAGCCAUCCGGAACGGGGCUUCUGUGUGUGAAUAUUGUAUUAAAG